GCUAUAUCUCUAUAACUCAAAUUUCCGUAAACAUUGAUUCAUUAUACACUUUUGCCACGACAGCAAUUUUUAACAGGAUAACUUGUUAUUCAGGUCCACAAUUAAAUUUCUAUAAUUGAUGCUGGGAGUAAACUUGGACCAUGCUGGAACAAAGGGCGUUUUGGCUGCUCCUGCUGAUGGUUCCUUCGGUCUGCAGUCUGGAUGUUCAAACUGACAAGUUUGAACCUCUGAAGGGAAACCAACAGCUCGAGAAAUUCAUAGCGGACAAUCAUGUCAGGAUGGUCUACUUUUACAAGACAGAUGUGAAAUAUUUGAAGUUCUUUUUCAUGGAACUGAACAAAGCAGCAGAUUAUCUAGAUUUGUAUAAAGUAAAAAUUGGACUGUGUAAUUGUACGGAUGAAGAAAACAAAGGGGUUCCUGACUGCAAUAAGCCUGGAACAGAAAAUAGUGUGCAGACUUACAGGAAUGGCAAUCCAUUGUUGGCACUGGAGUUAGAGACCAUGUUUGAUGUGAAUUCAAUACUCUCCAACAUUUUACAGCUGGUACUGCUGCGUGAGGUCCCCAUUCUGCAAAGCAAGGAGGAGAUGCAGACUCAGCUAGCUCACUUCAGAGGAAAGCAGGAUGUUGUGGUUGGUUACAUGAAGGCUAUUGGAACCUUCGAGCACAGAGUUUUCAUGGAGGUGGCCUAUGCCUACUCAGAUAAAGUGAAGUUCAUUGUGAGCACUGACAGGAAGGCUACAAAACUGUUUGACCAGCCUCCUGGUAGCCACGGGGACAAGAUGUCAAUUUGGUGGGUGUGGACUCAGCUGAUGGGUACCAAGGAUACACACUACCAUAGCAUUCGCUUCAAAGGAGAGCACAGUCUUACGGGCGUAGCAAAGUUUGCCAAGCUUGUCACCUAUAAGAAAGUGUCUGACAUCCCUGCUGAUGGUAUGGACCCCUACGGAGACCUGGACAUUGGCCUGGUCAGGUUCUACUAUGACAUCUCCAGUAGACAGGCUAUGUACCAGCUGGCUCACACCAUCUGUAAAUUCUUCUGUGGAAGUAUGGGGCAUAUCUUAAUAAACAUGGAUACUGAGGAAGGUCGAACUGCUGGCAAUUAUUAUGGGCCACUUCCUGCAGUCAGCUAUCAGAAAUCAAAAGAGACAGAUCGUUCAUUCAUGGGUGGGGACAUAAAGACAGAUAACGUGGCCUCUUUUCUGGAUGGAUUCAUUGACGGAGAGCCGCUCUACCCUGAUAGGUCAGAAUUUCAGUCAAUCAUGGCGGAAAAUAUGGAAGAAGUAAAGGGAGGAGAGGAGCACGAGGUUUCAGAUGAAAUCUUGGAUACAGACUAUGAGAAUGUUGAAAAACAAGAUGAUAAGAUUGCCAAUGCUGUAGAAAAGACCAGGAAGAUUCCGAUGGUGCUGGGGCUGGUUCCAGCUCUCACAGAUAAAACCUUUACCACUGUGGUGCAAGGAGCCAAUAUAGCUGUCGUACUGUUCUACUUUCCUUUUGAUGCAGUAAGCAAUGCUAAUCUACGAAUGUUUGGUGAGGCAACAGACCGUGUGGGCCAACAGACAGCGCUAAAGUUUGCCCGAGUCAAUUGCUACGACUGGACAGAUGUGUGCGCUCGGGCUGACAUCACGAUCUACCCCACGCUGCGUGUGUACAGGAAGGACCAGUCUUCCUGGGACUAUCAUGGACCACAGGACGCACAGGCCAUGUUUGCUACCAUGAAAUUACUCGAGUUAACUACUCCUGUCUAUGUUGACAAUGUUAACAAGGCAAUGGAGUUCAUAGCUGACAAGGGCAGUAAGAAAGUCUGUCCUAUGGGGGAGGUAACCAAUAUCACAGUGUUUGGACUCUUCAGAAAAGAGGAUACAAAAGAAAUGGCAGUAUUCAAGCAGAUGAGUGAGGAGUCAAGGGAAAGAAUCCUGUUUGCCUACACUGACAUUCCACAAUCAGCCUCCAUAGCUGCCCAACUAAAAGUAAAGCUUCCAGCUGUGGUCUUGAGCAAGUUUGAAGAUGAUCUUCAACCAACAUCCAUGUAUGAGGGCAGUUUUAACUUAAAUGAGCUGAAGAUCUUUGUCCAGGACAACAAAUUGCCAAAGUUGGGUGUUCUGACCCCACUAAUGUUCCCAGAGAUCCGUGGUAAGUUCUCAAGCAUGGUUGUGCUGUUCACGGAUGAGACAGACAGGUGUCAGCAGCCCAUGGACUCUGUGAGAGAGGUGGUGAAGGGAGAACACUUCAGCAAUGUGUCAUUCAACAUGAUGCAGGUACAUGAUAAUACCAGUGCGGGGUACCAGGUGUUGAGUAAAUACACUGUGGAACCAGCUGUACCUCACAUUGCCUUGGUCAACUUCCAAAAGGGAGAGGUUUUCAACUACAUCUCUGAGACCUUCCUAACGUCAGACCUGACCAACUGGCUGAAAAAUGUCCUGGGUGGGAAAGUGGAGCCUUCAUCCAUGUUGACAAAGGGCAACUGGAAACCAGUAAACAAGGGCUACGAUUUCCUGAAGUUUAUUGACCUUGCAAAGAAAAAAAAGAAAAUGCUUGAGGAUAAAAAGAAGCCUAUGCCUGCUGACAAAAUGAAUGAAGUACCAGCUCCUGACAUGUUUGAGGAAAAGCUUAAGGAACGCCCCAUGGAGGAUAGUGAGGAUUCUGAUACUCGCCGCGACCUGUUUGACCUUCAAAAUUCCCGACUGUACCACCAGGCACCUGGUAGGACCACUCACAAACAUGAGGAACGUGGCCCCAAGGGCAAGCCCCCUGGCGUGGAUGAGAACAAUAAUGAAAUUAAGAAACAGCCGCCAAAAGAUGCGCAUGAUGAAUUGUAAUUUGUUCUCAUGAAAACAUCGCCAUGCUUUCAUGUUAUUCCUGCAGCUUGGUGUCAGUUAUCUGAAAGCUUAUUGUGGCUAAAAAGUGUUUCAUUUUAAUGUCAUUAAUAUAUAAAUUGAAUUGCAUAUUCUGUUGGGUUUUUUAUUGGUGAAUAAAAUUGAGUUUGAUGAUUCCACAUUUGGAUACAUAUUGCUUUAUUUAGUUUUAGAAAUCUCUUUUGUUCUUCUUUAAUUGAGAUAACUGACAAUUUAAUGUACUGGUAAGUUGUAAUGAAUGAUGCCUCAUUUUCAUCUCAAUCCAUAUAUUAAUCUAUUUUGCUAUUUUUGCUAACCUGAGCAUGAUGUGCUCCUGGUGAGCUAGUCUGGUCUCCCUUCGUCUUGCGACUGUCUUGUGUUUCGUCUGUCUUCAUAUUUUAGCUCGUUACCACUCUACAGGUAACAUUUUUUGUCCAGACUUGACGAAUCUUAGAAGGUUUAUUUUGACAAUAUCUAGGCCAAGUUCUAAGCUGGGUCACCGUGACGAAUCUGAGAAAAACCUUGUUACCACUCUAGAAGCUACAGUUAUGACUCAAGCUUGAUAAACUUAUUCAAAACGUUUAUACUGACAAUAUCUGGGUUGAAUAUGAGUUUGGUUCAUGUGUCCAUAAACUAGGUUUCAAGAUUAAACAAAUAUUAGGCAAAGUUUUUACCGAUCUAGAGGUCACAUUUGUGACUCAAUCCUGAUGAAACUUGGUCAGGAUGUAUAUCUUGGUAAUAUUUUGUCCAAAUAAUAGGCCAGCAAAUUUGGGUAACGUGCAACCAAAAACCAGGUCACAAAGACUAAUCAUGGCGCUUUUCAAGAUAUUGCUCAGACAGAACAGAUAGUAAAAAGGCAGCCAUUAUUUGUGGCUAUUAAUUUGCUGUUUACAAUAAGGUUAUUCCAUGUUCCUUGUAAUGCUUUAAUGCCUUUUACGUUACUGGGACUUGGUUAUCAGCUCAAUUUUUUCUUAGCUUUAUAUUAUUAUAUUUUGCUCAUUAUGUUGUGUCAAAUUUACGUCAGUUUUUUUGCAUUUUAAUCCGUUUAUAUACUCUUGUAGAAAAAAUCUUAGAAAAAAAAAGUUUUGCUAUGUUUGUUUUUUAAAAUAGCUUAUUAGCAAAUUGUUUAUAUUGAAACGUUUGAAAAUAUCACAAUAUUGCAACUUUCUCAACUGGUACUAAAUUAAGAUAAAAACUUAUACUGUCACAAGUAGUGAAAUAUGUGUUAUUAUCCUAGCAUGACAUGGUUUUUACAUGAAAUGUAGUACAUUUUUUGACCAUGUUACAGAUAUACUGUAUAUAUGUUAUAACUUUUGCUAAGAACUGUUUACUUGAUCAGACCCUUUUAUGAGAGAUUUUUGAUGAACAGUCAAUUUUAGACGUUAAAUUUAAUUAAGAUCUUCUGUGUAUAAUUAAUUUAAGUUUUCAUCAAUGCUUACAUUACAAAACAUUCCAUUACAGUUACUUAUUUGAUUAUACUUUUAUUACUGUUCUUUAUAAUUGUCCUUUGUAAGCUAUAAUCUUGUUUCUUCUCUUGUAUUUAGGCCAAGUUCUAAGCUGGGUCAGGUGCGUUAACAAAAAUAGGUCACCGUGACGAAUCUGAGAAAAACCUUGUUACCACUCUAGAAGUUACAGUUAUGACUCAAGCUUGAUAAACUUUAUCAAAACGUUUAUACUGACAAUAUCUGGGUUGAAUAUGAGUUUGGUUGAAAUGUCAAGAUCAAACAAAUCUCAGGCAAAGUUUUUACCGAUCUAGAGGUCACAUUUGUGACUCAAUCCUGAUGAAACUUGGUCAGGAUGUAUAUCUUGGUAAUAUUUUGUCCAAAUAAUAGGCCAGCAAAUUUGGGUAACGUGCAACCAAAAACCAGGUCACAAAGACUAAUCAUGGCGCUUUUCAAGAUAUUGCUCAGACAGAACAGAUAGUAAAAAGGCAGCCAUUAUUUGUGGCUAUUCAUUUGCUGUAUACAUUAAGGUUAUUCCAUGUUCCUUGUAAUGCUUAAAUGCCUUACGUUACUGGGACUUGGUUAUCGGCUCAAUUUUUCUUAGCUUUAUAUUAUUAUAUUUUGCUCAUUAUGUUAUGUCAAAUUUACGUCAGUUUUUUUUGCAUUUUAAUCCGUUUAUAUACUCUUGUAGAAAAAAUCUUAGAAAAAAGUGUACUCUAUAUACUCUUGAGGAAAAAAUCGUAGAACAUUUUUUUUUGCUAUGUUUGUUUUUCAAAAUAGCUUAUUAUCAAAUUGUUUAUAUUGGAAUGUAUAUACUCUUGUAGAAAAAAAUCUUAGAAAAAAAAUGUUUUGCUAUGUUUGUUUUUCAAAAUAGCUUAUUAUCAAAUCGUUUAUAUUGAAAUGUUUGAAAAUAUGGCAAUAUUGCAACUUUCUAAACUGGGACUAAAUUAAGAUAAAAACUUAUACUGUCACAAGUAGUGAAAUAUGUGUUAUUAUCCUAGCAUGGAAUGGUUUUUACAUGAAAUGUAGUACAUUUUUUGACCAUGUUACAGAUAUACUGUAUAUAUGUUAUAACGUUUGCUAAGAACUGUUUACUUGAUCAGACCCUUUUAUGAGAGAUUUUUGAUGAACAGUCAAUUUUAGACGUUAAAUUUAAUUAAGAUCUUCUGUGUAUAAUUAUUUUAAGCUUUCAUCAAUGCUUACAUUACAAAACAUUCCAUUUCAGUUACUUAUUUGAUUAUACUUUUAUUACUGUUUUUUAUAAUUGUCCUUUGCAAGCUAUAAUCUUGUUUCUUCUCUUGUAUUUUACAACAAAGAGCAGGCUGUAGAUGAGAAAAAAAGACAACUUAACAGUUUUAGAUACUUUGUACCAACAAUUAAUAAGAUCUACACUAUUUUGGUUUCUUGCCAAAAAUACACAUUAAUGGCGAAUGAAUAUUUUACACUUAUUUGGUAUUUGUUUGCACUUGUUUUGCUUUCUAUAUAAAUAUGUUUGGAAAAUACAAAGUAAGCGUGGAAAAUAAAAGUGUUAAGAAUG